AUGCUAAGUGAAAAUUUGACUUUUGCUAAUGAAAUCCUCAACGAGCGAAACACAUGGCUGGCGAUAAAAAUUCUCAUGUUUGGCAUCACUCCAGCCAUUUCCAUCUUUGGUGUUGUGGGUAAAGUGUUGAGCAUCAUUGUCUUGACCAAACAUGGAAUGUCCAAAUGUUCUAACAUUCUGUUGGUGACCUUAGCUUUCUAUGACAUUACAUUUCUGAUAUCUUUCAACAGCGUACCAAAGCUUAUCUACGAAGCCGUCUGGAACCAUGAAUACGUUAAGUACUCAAAGUCAGUAUGUGAUAUGUUGUUUGUACUAUUUACUUUCUUCACUGUGCUGGAUUACGGUAUUGGUAUUAUGAGUCUGUCGUUGCCUAUGUUGAUAACAGCCGAAAGAAUUGUUGUCAUUUUCUUUCCAUUCCACUCAGGCAGAAGUCUGACACCAAAAAGAACGUGGAUCAUUAUCGCUGGCAUGACUCUCUAUUGGCUCUCUGUAUCUGUCUACUUGAGCUUCUGGCAGGACAUGGAGGUCAGAUAUGACCCCAUCAGAAAUACAUCUCUGGGUCUGAUCAAGAGAUCCGCUUUAAUUUAUGAAAACCCAACAUUCAUUGCUGCAUUUCAAGAAGUGAUUAUUUACUCCAGUAUAUGUGUACCACCAAUAUUCACUUUAACAGGAUGUAUUGCCAUUUCCGUUCAACUUCAAAUUGCUUCCAUUAAACGAAAGAAAAUCAGAUAUGACCCCAUCAGAAAUACAUCUCUGGGUUUGUCUACUUGA